AUGGUCCAAUACGAUACUUCACCAUGGCCGGUGAGAGAUAUCGUCUACACCUCCAUAGUGGGUUCAGUAAUGCUUGCCGCAUUCCUAGAGUGGUUUCUCUGGCUGGCAGCGUUCAUGUAUUGUCUGUUCAAGGUUUUCCAAAAGGCUGAGCACUGGUCCGUCCGGGUUUUGUCAGUAAUAGUGGCGAUUGUCUUCUUUCUCUUGAGAGCGAUUUAUCUGCCCAUUAUGGUUGUCACGCUUCCUUUACCAGAAGGAGUCACUCAAUAUUUCCCAAAGGAAAUGGUUACCUUCCUUCAAUGGUUCGGAUUUUGGUCGUUCGCAGCUCUUCUCACCAUUCCAUGGCUCUUUUGCGUAUAUCAAAUUGUAACAAAUUCCCUGGGACGAAAAAAACGUAUAAAGCAAGUGUUAGAUGAGCACUCAGCACCAAAGGUUGUGAUUGUCAUGCCAUGUUACAAGGAAGAACCAGAUAUUUUGGUGACGGCUAUCGAUUCAAUUGUGGAUUGUGACUACCCUCCUUCUUGUAUUCACGUCUUUCUUUCCUUCGAUGGCGAUCAAGAGGAUGAAUUAUACCUUAAGACGAUUGAAGCACUAGGAGUUCCGUUAUCCCUAGAUUCCUACCCAAAGAGUAUCGACGUGACCUACCGAACUGCUCGAAUUACAGUCUCCCGAUUUCCACACGGUGGAAAGCGUCACUGCCAGAAGGCCACAUUCAAGUUGAUCGACAAAGUUUAUACCGAAUACCUGAAGCGCAAUGACAACCUGUUCAUUCUUUUCAUCGACUCCGAUUGUAUUUUGGAUCGUGUUUGUCUCCAGAACUUCAUGUACGAUAUGGAGUUGAGCCCGGGGAACACCAGAGAUAUGCUGGCAAUGACAGGGGUUAUUACUUCGACUACAAAGAAACACAGUCUCAUUACUCUGCUCCAAGACAUGGAAUACAUUCACGGCCAACUCUUUGAGCGAACAGUCGAGUCAGGUUGUGGUUCCGUCACGUGCUUGCCAGGAGCUUUAACGAUGCUACGAUUUUCUGCUUUUCGCCGUAUGGCCAAAUACUAUUUUGCUGACAAGGCUGAGCAAUGCGAUGAUCUUUUCGACUACGGUAAAUGUCAUUUGGGAGAGGAUCGAUGGCUCACCCAUCUUUUCAUGAUUGGAGCAAAGAAGAGAUUUCAAAUUCAAAUGUGUACAUCUGCUUUCUGCAAGACCGAAGCUGUUCAAACUUACCAAUCUUUGAUCAAGCAGCGUCGUCGUUGGUUCUUGGGAUUUAUCACUAACGAAGUUUGUAUGUUGACUGACAUCAGAAUCUGGAAGAGAUAUCCAAUCUUGGCCGUCGUGCGGUUUAUGCAGAACACGAUCCGAACAACAGCUCUACUAUUCUUCAUUAUGGUACUUUCGAUUAUCACAACUACAAAGAAGGUUCAAGAUCUUCCAGUUGGAUUUAUUGGUAUUUCACUCGGCCUUAAUUGGUUGAUGAUGAUCUACUUUGGUGCUAAACUCCGCCGUUUCAAGAUCUGGCUCUACCCAUUGAUGUUCAUCAUUAAUCCUUUCUUUAAUUGGUAUUACAUGGUUUAUGGCAUCUUCACUUGUGGACAACGAACUUGGGGUGGACCUCGAGCAGAUGCUGGAGCUGCCGAUUCGACCACAAGUCCACAACAAGUUAUCGAAGCCGCAGAGGAGGCUGGAGAUGAUCUCAAUGUUAUUCCAGAAACAUUCAAACCCGCUGCCGAAGCUCGAAACAAUCAAAUCGUUCGCCGCCCAACGCUUCCUUUGUUGCCCCCAACUCGUCUCGAAGGUCGUUUCGCGGCUGCGGAGAGACUCCCAGGUGGAUGGUAUCAACAUGUCAAUGACUCUCUUACUAGCGUUGCUGUCGGACGCGUUGCGCCUUCUGGACAAAAUCCCAUGGGAUCCAGAGAAUCUAUCGAUAGUUAUGUGUCAGGGUUUACCGGCACAAACUCGGUGUACAUGCCAAGACGAGUGGAGAGUAUCAUGGGAGAAGAGGAUAGAAAGAAGUAUGAGAUUGCUCAAGCCAAUCAAAAGGCACCAGCUGGAGCAUACUACAACCAGGGAUACGUUUAUGAAAUUCCUGAUGGGCCAGAGGCCAAGGGUAAAUUUCAAGAUUCAGUGGAAUCUUUGGCGUCCCUGGAUGGAACGACAUCAAAUUCUUUGGCAGUUCCUCAAACAUCUUCGUACCGAAAUGGGCGAAGUCCUCUGGGUCGUUUGUCUUUGAUUCGUUCCAAUUCGAGGGAUGACCCAAUUGAGAUGGAAGACCAGCGAUCGGAUAGAGAUCAACAUUCUGACGGUUCCAACUCUCCCGAACCGAAACCGAAACGUUGA